ACGCGACGCGCCACCCUCGAUCAACCUCGAAAUGGUCGCCUCCGCCCUCGCCGCUGCUCCCAGCGUUUGCAUUCGCACGCCCUCAGGCGCGCGUCAGAUUCGCCGCGCCUCUGGUCGCAACGCACGCGUCGCCAGGCGUGCGAUACCCGCGGUCAUCUCCGCCGCGGUCGCUCCCCAAAAGGUGCUCAUCGUCAACACCAACGGUGGCGGCCACGCCAACAUCGGCUUUUGGCUCGCGAAGACCCUCGCGGCGCAGGGCCACUCGGUUACCCUGAACACGAUUGGCUCCAAGGACGACAAGAAGAUGCAGAAGCCCCCUUUCACGUACUUCAACGAGCUCACGUCCGCUGGUGUCCAAACCGUGUGGGCGGACCCCGGUGAGCUCGCCACGAAGGCUGCUGGAGCGCAGUUCGAUGUCGUCGUGGACAACAACGGCAAGGACCUCGACUCUGUCGGCCCCGUCGCCGCGUUCGCGAAGCAGUGCGGCGCCAAGCAAUUUCUCUUCGUGUCGUCGGCGGGCAUGUACAAGCCCACCCCGACCCCACCCCACCUCGAGGGAGACGCGGUGAAGGAGUCCGCGGGCCACGCUCAGGUCGAGGCGAAGCUCGCCACCAUGCCGUUUUCGUUCGCGUCGUUCCGCCCGCAGUACUUCACAGGCUACGGAAACAACAAAGACUGCGAGGAGUACUUCUUCGACCGCCUCGUGAGGGGCCGCCCCGUGCUGGUGCCGGGCAGCGGUGACCAGCUGUCCGUGGUGGCCCACGCGGAGGAUGUCGCCACUAUGAUGGCUGCGGCGGUCGGUAACCCAGCCGCGAACGGCGUCAUCUUCAAUGCGGUGACCAACAAAGCAGUUACGCUCAACGGCAUGGUGCAGCUCUGCGCGGCUGCUGCGGGUGUCGAGCCCAAGAUCGUGAACUACGAUCCGAAGAAACUGCCUGAAGGCGUGGAGGUCAAGAAGGCGUUCCCAUUCAGGCCCAUUCAUUUCUAUUCUUACCCCGCCAAUGCGCUCAAGCUGCUCGACUGGCAGCCCAAGCAUGACCUCGCAGCGGAUCUCAAGGAGAGGUUCGAGUUUUACAAAGCAUCCGGGCGCGCAAACAAGGACAUGUCUUUCGAGCUCGAUGACAAGAUCCUCGCAUCGCUCAGAUAGAUUAUGGGCGCACGAUGAGUGUUCGGCAUUGGUGAGGGAGAGUGCAGGCGACGGAGCACCUGUGUCACAACUUUUAUAAUGAGACCUACCUUCAAGGUAAAAA